AUGUGCUCGCAAUACGCUUUCUGCAGCCGCUUUACAGGGAAGACAGCACCCUCUAGGGAGCUCGUUGUGAAAGCUGCGUCCAGCGCCCCUUUGAAGCCAGCUGGCGAUAAAAAUAAUUACAGCACACACGUUAGCAGCAACAAGAGCAGGAAUCCGUCCCUCAUUCACGACCUUCGCGGACUCGAGCACCUGUUCAAGCCCAGCAGCACGGACCAACGUUCUACCAGUGCAUUGCCGGGAGAGGAGCCAUCCUCUUGUGUUUCUUCUACCGCUGCGACUGCAUCUCCUGCUGACUUUAAAGACAAGGGACGGAUCAUUCUGCUAGUUCUGAAUCGACCUCUCCCCGCCUACUUUGAUCGGAUGUUGGAAAGCGCCUCACUAGUCAUCGCAGCGGAUGGUGCGGCGAACCACCUGCUGCACGUGUACCGCGCUGCUGAACACAAGCCACAGCAGCCGCUUACAUGCAGACAAGGGUCAGAACGACUUUCCAAUUCACGCUGCCAAAAGGCCGAAAAGCAGCCCCCAGUCCGAUCUGGGGACUCUGCUGGUGGGCCUGCUAGGGAUGCGGGUGGCAAUCCUCCGAUUCUGCCAACAUGCAUCUGCGGCGAUAUCGAUUCUCUGGGCCGACAGGCACUCUCCUUCUUUUCCGCGCGAGGAGUGCCUGUAGUCCGUCUCGAAGAUCAGGACAAACCAGAUCUCGAGAAGGCCUUUGCCUUUGCUUGUGAAAAGCACAACUUCCGUCCCCAAGAUACGGUUAUUAUUGUGGGCGCCAUUGGCGGGAGAUUUGAUCACUCGAUUGCCUCAAUUAGUUUCCUACAUAAAAUCCACAAGGCAUCAAGUGCCGCAACGCGGGCUCCGCCAAAAGUACUGCUGCUUGGGGGCUAUAAUGCUUGCAUUCUCUUAGAGGCAGGAGAGCAUGAGAUACUCCUUCCCGAUGGGGUAUUUACGGAGGCCUGCGGGCUGUUGCCACUGGCGGGAAGGGUACGGAGCAUAAAGAGUGAAGGCUUGCGCUGGGACUUGCAUGGAAAUACGCUCUGUAUGGGCGAGCUUAUCAGCUCUUCAAACAUUGUGAGCGGCAAGAUCGAAGCCGUUACUGUUGCUGCUGCUGGACCGUACCGGAAUGCCGUGGAAACCGUGCACCGUGAAGCUUGCGGUUCCUCUUAG